CACAGCACAGAGUGUACCAGAGACCAGACGUGACAACAACAACAACAGCUUCCCUUCUACUACACCAACUGAAUUACUCUCCAGCAGACAGAGCAUUUAUGGAGGAACCAGAGGACCCUUAUUACGUCACCAUGUAUUACCCGGGUUCAGUGUACGUGGACAUGUCAGACGUCGUUCCUCCAGAAGUGAGACCCAAACCGGCCGUCCCUGCCAAGCCCCCAAAUGUGGGGGCUCCUUCCCCCUCCAGCCCCUUCCCGCCCCAGGGUCCGGGCAUCGGAGGAGGAGGCGGCGUUUCUGCUCUUCCUCCAAGUGCCAUACCAGUCCCCAUCGGUAAUCAUGGCCCGGGGUACAUUGGCAGUCAUAGUGUGGGUCAUGGUGUGGGCCACGUUGCAGGCCAUGGUGGGGGUCACACUGCAGCACACAAUGGAGGUCAUGGUCACGGCGGCUCCCUCAGCUCCAGCGGUGGAUCCACUUUGCUAGGAUACAUUGGUAUUGACACUAUCAUUGAGCAGAUGAGGAAGAAGACCAUGAAGACAGGCUUUGACUUUAAUAUCAUGGCUGUCGGUCACAGCGGUCUCGGAAAGUCCACUCUGGUGAACACUCUAUUCAAGUCCCAGGUGAGCAGGAAGAGCGCAGGGUGGGGCCGUGAUGAGAAGAUCCCUAAAACUGUAGAGAUCAAAGCAGUGUCUCAUGUCCUUGAGGAAGGUGGCGUGAAGAUGAAGUUGACAGUCGUUGACACCCCAGGCUUUGGAGACCAAAUCAAUAAUGACAACUGCUGGGAGCCCAUUUCCAAGUACAUCAAUGAGCAGUAUGAGAAGUUCCUAAAGGAGGAGGUCAACAUCACCAGAAAGAAGCGAAUCCCUGACACCAGGGUGCACUGUUGUCUCUAUUUCAUCACCCCGACUGGACACUCUCUCCGGCAGCUAGACCUCGAGUUCAUGAAGCACUUAAGUCACUCAGUCAACAUUAUUCCUGUCAUCGCGAAGGCAGACACGAUGACCAUUGAGGAGAGACAGGAGUUCAAACAGCGGGUAAGAAAGGAGCUGGAGAUGAGCGGGAUCGAGUUUUACCCACAGAAGGAGUUUGAUGAGGACAUGGAGGACAAGAGCGACAAUGACAAGAUCAGAGAGGCGAUGCCCUUUGCUGUGGUGGGCAGCGACAAAGAAUAUCAAGUGAAUGGCAAACGAGUUCUGGGUAGGAAGACAGCGUGGGGAAUUGUAGAAGUUGAAAAUCCCAACCAUUGUGAGUUUGCUCAGCUGAGAGAUUUCCUGAUCAGGUCUCACCUCCAGGAUUUGAAGGAGGUCACUCAUAACAUUCACUAUGAAACCUAUCGUGCCAAGAGACUGAACGAGAAUGGAGGUCUGCACCCCAUAUCAUCCAAUGACACCCAAGAAAGCAACCUGUAGUCAGUCAGUCAGUCAAUCGGGAAUUGUUCAGGCAGAGGGAGAAAAAAAACGUGCAAUGAAGCUGAUAGAUGAAGCUACUGAAUAUUAUAAUCCACCACAGCAUCGCUGCAUACUUGUAAACAUUUAAAUUGAUGUCAUUUAAUAAUUUUUUUUCUGAUUCCAAACUCCACCAUCGUCUUCUACACUUCCUUACCCCAUACACAUAUCAAACCCCUCUAGUCACAUUCAAGUCUUUCUUAUGAAUAUUUACAUGACAGGACACCCAGAGACUUAGUGCCAUCAUAAAACAUUUUAUCUACUGCCAAUGCCUUGUCACUUAUCAUUGUCCGGAUAGUUACUAUGUGUGAAAGAGGCUAAUUCUUAGGUUUUAGUGUUGUGUAGCAACUUGAUUCAGACAAAUGAAAUUAUUUGCUCUAGAUAUUAAAAUCAUAAUUCCUGUGUAGUAGCGAUGCAUGAGGCAACUCUGCAGAUGACUCUGUACAAAUUGCUUUUUUUAAAUUCACAGCAGCAAUGGUUCAUUUGGAGAAAGAAUCCCUGUGGCUUUACUGCCAGGAGGGCUUAACAAACAUUACAAGCUGCGCUGUCUUCUUUCAUACCCACCAUCACGGAGAAAACAAAUUGGAAUGAAAUGUCUCCAAUAUUCCCUCGCCCUGUUUAUGUUUGAUUUUCCAUUUCAAAAUAGUCUGUGCACACAGACCUGCAUACUAAGAUGGGAGACAGCUGCAACAUCAGUCACAUAUGAAAUGCAGCUGUGUGUGUGUGUGCGUGCGUGCGUGCGUGUGUGCAUGUGUGUGUAAUUAAUGAGUCCACGAGGUGCAUGACUGCAUACUGCAGAUUCUGUGAUUCCAUGAUUCACCGUAAUAAACACUUUGAGAUGAUACAGCUCAGCAUGCUGAGUUAAAUCACAGUGGGUACAGAGGACAGUAGUUUUAUAAAAAAAAAAGUUUUUAUUCGGGAUUCAGAUUGACUUUGUGAACUAUUUUGACAGCUAAAUGGUCAACACGCGCCCAAUUAGAAUGUCAAUCUAAACACCUGCAGCAUGUAAUUUAAUCCGUAUUACUUUAUAGAAAUGAAGUGGCAUUGCCAAUAAUGACAUAAAACAAUCACAUUUCUUUACAAGUUUACUCAACUGGAGUAAUCCAUAUAUAGUGUAAAUCAGCUGUUGGGAAACCACUAGCACUUUGCUUAAGUUUUUUUUAUUUGUUAGGCCUUUUUGUCCUCACCGGACCCACUGAUCAAAAAGAAAUCCGACCACAUCAGUGUACCUGGUGAUAGGUGAACAGAAAACUGAAAAUUAUUUAUUUUUCUGUUUAAUGUCUUGUGCCAUGCAAAGUAUUUGUUAUCUCUGGUGGUGACCAAGUGUUUGUGUUAAUUCCAUUUUGAAAUUAAAUUUGUCAUGCUCACCACUUGGGGGCAGCACUCUGCCAUGAAUAAGGAGUGACUCAACAGAACAAGAAACAGACACUCUGACGACCUUUGUGUCCUCAUAUCGACUGCUGAGAUUUUUACACAGUCCAGGCUUAUUUCCUGAGAGUUUACAGAUUUUUGGGUCCACCACUGCCGUCAGUGAAAACUAACACAUCUCUCCAGAUCAGGUUUACAAGAAAAUACCCAAUGGUAUGCACUCAAAGUGUUGGUGUAAUUAUUCCAAAUCAAUUAAUUUAUUAGGUUGUAAACAUGUUUACCAAGUUUUCUUUAGGAACUCAACAUUUAUACUGUCUGCAGGACAGCAUGAAUAUGUACAAGUACAAGUAAUUAAAUCUUUCAAUAUCUAUCAAUCAAAGUUGAAUCAUCAUUUUAUACAAUCAUACCUGUUUGUGUGAUUUUUAUAUGAAAUGUGAUGUCUGCAACAAACUGAUAAUAGUUGUCUGUGAUUUUAGUGCAGUCAAAGGUUUCAAGCAGAAAUUUGAAAGUGUUAAUCUGCAUGCUUGUGUCCAUAUUGCCUGUUUGCUUACAGUUGAUUAGUUCACGCAUCAUUGCAACUUAACAUCAACUCAUCAACUAUUUCUGAAUGUGUGACGUGUACAUUAAAUCUAAAUCAUGAGGUACAGCGCUGCUGUCUUAACUCCUAUACCCAAACUGACAGCCUACCAUCUACAUAUCACUCAUCCUGUUGAAUCAGUAGAACUUCACAAUGUACAUUUAUUUAAUAACCACUUUUUUCAAAGUUGAGAUAUAAUUUUCAGUGUUAUAUUGAGUUAUUUAUACAUUAAUGUCUUAUUAUAAUGUAUUCUUUAUUUAAUAAAAGCACAUUCCCAUGUUUUUUGAAA